AGAAAAAGUGAUUUCAGUAACGCUUUUUCAUAUUAUUGUGUAGGCCUAAAGGUUUGGUCUAGUUUUUAUGAUAAUGAUCAGAGCAUUUUAAUUAGCACAUUAUGGCGCUUCGUAUCAUCUACAAAGAAUAAAAUAAAAGCCAUAAUUUAGUUUGGUUCGGCGUCGAUUCACUUUGGAGAGAUGUUGCCAAGGCCGCAAGUCUUUUAUUUUGAAGGGUUAAACCGGGGCUGACGCUGGGUGUAUUCGCCAACCUCGUAUUGCUGUGGUGUGCGAGCAGGCGGAGAGUACGGGCAUCUAAAAAUCGACUUAGAAAAACUACUUAAGGUCCUUGAAGUUGUUCGGCCUUUGGGGGGGCACCAGCAUGAGUCAGGAUUCAGUGGAAUCGGGGGGAGACUCUGCUCAAGAUGUGCCAGAUUUUAACUGGGACGAUUACCUUGAGGAGACGGGGGCUUUGUCCGUACCACAUCAUGCUUUUAAACAUGUGGACCAGGACAUGCAGACAGGACUUACCCCUGGUAUGAAGCUAGAGGUAUGUCUGCGCAGUGAGCCUGACCAGCCUUACUGGGUUGCUAACAUCAUCACUACCUGUGGGCAACUACUCCUGCUCCGAUAUGAGGGUUACCAAGACGACAGGCGGGCUGAUUUCUGGUGCGACAUCAUGACUGCUGACCUGCACCCACUGGGAUGGAGCCGACAGCACGGCAAGACCAUGAGGGCACCUGAGGCUGUCUGUGAGAAGCACCAAGACUGGGAGCUUUUGCUGGAAAAGGCUCUGGCAGAAGAGUGUGGUGCACCUGCCAACCUUCUCGAAUUGCCCCUACGCGGGAAAGACCCAAUGGAGCUGCUGAAUACAGGCUGUUAUGUGGAGCUCCAGGAUAGUGUAGAGCUGGGCCAGGCCUGGGCAGCAGAGGUGGAGGAGAAUGUCGGUGGAAGACUCAAACUGCGUUUGGUGGGCACUGAGGGUUUGCCAGAUACACCAGCGACCUUGUGGCUGUUCUACCUUCAUCCACGCAUCCACGCCCCUGGCUGGGCAAAGGAGAACAGCUAUACCCUCAAGCCACCCUCUGAGCUACUGGCGUUGCGGACAGAGGAAGAGUGGGAGGAGGUGAAACAGAGAAUCCGUGAACUGCCUGAAGAUGAUGCUCUCACAGCAGAGUUGACAAAGGAUCAGCCUGUCAUACUGCCACACACUUUUAAAGAAGGGAUGAAACUGGAGGCUGUUGACCCUGCUGCUCCCAUCUCAAUCCGACCUGCUUCUGUAACCAAGAUCUGUAAUGAGCUGUACUUCUUGGUGACAAUGGACGAUCUUUGUGGUAUGGAGGACUCUGAGAAUCCAGGACGUUCCUUCCUGUGCCACAGAGACAGUCCAGGGAUCUUUCCAGCUCAAUGGAGCCUCAAAAAUGGACUGACACUCUGCCCACCACCAGGGUACCAGGGCCCAGACUUUGAUUGGGCAGACUACCUGAAACAGUAUGGGACAGAGGCUGCACCUCAACAGUGUUUUCCAACUGAACAGUCUGAACACAGCUUUAAAGAGGGAAUGAAACUAGAGGCAGUCAAUCCACUGUCACCAGAGAAUGUUCAUGUGGCUACAGUCACGAGUGUGAAAGGCCAGUACAUCUGGCUCAGCCUGGAAGGACUUAAAACACCAAUGCCUGAGUUGAUAGUUCACGUUGACUCUCUUGACAUCUUUCCAGUCAGCUGGUGUGAGACAAACGGAUACCCGCUCGUCCAUCCUAUUAAGCCCCCAGUUGAGAAAGAGAGGAAGAUUGCCGUGGUCCAGCCGGAGAAGCAAAGAGUACAACCAAAAUCCUCUACACCUGAGGAUGUGAAACCACAAAUAGCGAACCAAUCAGAAACAGGGCAGGGUAAUGGAAAAUAUUGUUGUCCAAAAAUCUACUUCAACCAUCGCUGCUUCUCUGGGCCAUACCUUAAUAAAGGGCGCAUUGCUGAGCUGCCUCAGUUCAUUGGUCCUGGAAACUGUAUCCUUGUUUUGAAAGAGGUAUUAACUCUGCUCAUAAAUUCUGCAUACAAGCCAAGCCGUGUUCUGCGAGAGUUGCAGCUGGACCAGGAGAGCCGCUGGCAAGGCCAUGGAGAGACACUUAAAGCCAAGUACAAGGGCAAGAGUUAUCGGGCCACAGUGGAAAUCGUCCGCACUGCAGACAGAGUGGCUGAUUUCUGCAGAAAAACAUGUAUCAAGCUGGAGUGCUGUCCAAACUUGUUUGGGCCUCGCAUGGUUCUAGAGCGCUGCUCAGAGAACUGCUCAGUUCUGACAAAGACCAAAUACACAUAUUACUAUGGAAAAAAGAAGAGUAAGCGGGUUGGUCGUCCUCCUGGGGGUCAUUCCAACUUGGAGGGUGGAGUUAAGCGCAGAGGAAGGAGGAGAAAGAGGAGGAAGCAGCUCUUUGUUCAUAAGAAGAGACGCUCUUCGGCGUCUGUUGAUAACACCCCAGCUGGGUCUCCACAGGGAAGUGGAGAGGAAGAGGAUCUUGAUGAAGAUGAUUCUUUGAGUGAUGACUCUGGAUCAGAGCUUCAAGAUGACAUGCAAGAUGACUCUGAGCAAUCAGUUGGUAAAUCUCAACCAACAACUCCAUCCCCGUCUCCACCGGCAACACCACGACUCACGCGCCGCCGCCGGAAACCCCGCUCACCGUCUUUCUCUGAUGAUGAGAACCACCCUCCUUCACCAAAAACCUCCAAGAGUGAGCCCCCUCAGAAGUUGUGUUUGGACACCAGCCCCCUGGAGUGGAGUGUUACUGAUGUAGUGCGCUUUAUCAGGACUACAGACUGUGCACCCCUGGCUAGGAUUUUCUUGGACCAGGAAAUUGAUGGGCAAGCCUUGCUUUUGCUGAAUCUACCCACUGUUCAGGAGUGCAUGGAUCUAAAGCUGGGACCAGCCAUCAAGCUUUGUCACCACAUUGAGAGAGUAAAGUUGGCAUUUUAUCAACAGUUUGCUACGUAACUAAUGGCAAACAAAUGGCAGCAGAUCCUUUACAAAGGAAACAUCAGCACACAGGUCAUUUGUUCAAGGCAGACACAAGAUGCACAGUGGAAAAUCAAACUAUUUUUGGUGUAUAAAGUGUAAACAUUUAGCAUGUGUGUAGAUUAAAAAAAAAAAAAAAUCUAUCCAAAUCCACACUAGGGAGCAAGAAAUCUACAUAUAAAUCAAUGUGGUGUUGAAAGGCAAUAAUUCGUAUAUGAUAUGAUGAAAUAUGUGUUAUUGACACUGUUCCUCUGUUAAAAGAUAUUCAGGAACUGGAUAUAAUUUUCGUUCAUAUUAAGAUUUACACACAUCAAAUUUUUCUUUAAAUUUCCUUUAAAUUUCCAUUCAUGAAACUUAAUUUGCAGGUGAGAUAAAUGCUACAUUAGGGUGACAAGUAAAAAUGAAAUUUCUCCAAUGUUGACCACUGUCAGAAGCAACAACCAUUAACACCAGAACUGAUUAACUAAAUUCACCGGAGGUAUUUUUGUGUGUGAAUCCCACACAUGUGAUUUUUUUUGUUUUGUUUUCCCAUCUGUUCCUUUAUAUGUGAUGUUCUAAUUCUAAUUGUUUUGUUUUUUCUGCUAAGUUUUUUUUUUUAUUCUGCUAUGUUUACAGCUCUCUAAGCACAAGCAUAACCAUUAGUGUAUAUGGUUAUAUUAGUAUGUUGUGUGUGUAUAUAUUGUACAUAUUUAAAUAUUUUAUAGUGUAACAGUAUGCUUAUAGAAGUAAAAUGUGAUAGCUGUAAUACAAUUUUAACUUUAAACAUUGUAAACCAUUCUGUUAACUGGCUCAUCAACAAGAUCACUUAUGUUAGAUUGUGAUGUUUGAAGUCUUUUUUCCAGUUUUGUUAGGGUGUUUUCCACCUAGCACAAGUAAAAUUGAAUA